CUUAAUUACAUGUACUUUUUCAACAAUAUUGUUCUUUAGAGAAUAAAUUUUUAUAAGUUCAAUCCAAAGAAUGGUGGGUGCAAGAAGCCAAAUAGGCAACCGACAUGUUCACAAAAUCCAAAAACAUGGAAUGAUAGACCUCAUAAAAUCUAUAGCUGCUGCGGCGGCGAAUCAAGGACAUGGACAAAAGCCUUUUUAUGUACUAGACUUGGGGGCUCUUGAUAGGGCUAUGGAUAAAUGGGAACUUUGUUUAUCCCAAGUUAAGCCCUUCUAUGCUGUGAAAUGCAAUAGUGAUCCCACUUUUCUUGCUGCUCUUGCCAUGCUAGGUGCCAAUUUUGACUGCGCUAGUCAAGGGGAGAUGGAGGCGGUUCUCCGACUCGGCAUCCCCCCAAACCGUAUCAUUUACGCCAACCCCUGUAAGGCCGCCGCACAUAUUGAGUAUGCGGCCGCCGUUGGGGUAAACCUCGCCACCUUCGACUCCAUGAUGGAGCUUGAGAAGAUGAAGAAGUGGCACCCCAAAUGCAACCUCUUGUUGAGGAUCAAGGCCCCGAAUGACGGCCAUGGCUCACUCCGACCGCUCGGUAAAAAAUUUGGGGCCUUGACGGAGGAAGUCGAGCCACUACUCCAAUAUGCGGUUGUAGCCGGGAUCCGGGUUGUCGGAGUCUCGUUUCACGUUGGGUCUAUAGCACAAGACCCCAUCAUCUACCGCCAUGCCAUUGCAGCCGCGAGGGCGGUGUUUGAUGUGGCGGCUAAGCUCCGGAUGCCAGCCAUGCACAUACUUAACAUCGGGGGUGGUUUUAGGGCGGGGACACAACUAUUCGAACACAUUUCUAACACAAUAAACAGUGCAAUCCAAGAUUAUUUCCCUAAAGAUAUCCCAAUUGUGAUCGCCGAGCCAGGAAGGU